UUUUUAAUCUGCGUCUGUUGCGAAGCCAGACGGAUGUCGCUGCCGAAGACUUCAAGAAGAACCACCGCGGGAUCAAGGUGAAGAAGACCCGCUGAAGCACCUCCUGAAGGACGUGCCUUGGAAUGUGGCUGCCGGUGCGGUCUUGUAGCGGGACGCUGACGCCGUCAUUCUCUUCAAUGGCAGUUGGAUAAGACUGUAGAAAAACAAACACGGAUUUGAGGGGGAUUACACCGGCACGGAUUAGCGACUGUGUGCGUCUGUGUGGUGCGUGUGGGGGAGGGGUGGUCUCGCCGGAAUGCCGAUACCCGAGUGCCUGGACUCGUCCUAGUGCCCGUGCUCGGUAGGAUGUGGCUACGCUUCAAGCUCCUUGCCCUGGUCACCCACGUCUUGAGACUCUGUUUUGAAAAGUGCAAUUGCCUAUGGACGUCUACCAGAGGGCAGCCAGGCUCCUUUCCUCCUCCACAGAAUUCACUAUGCUAGCAACUAUAAAGCAAGAACUCAGGAACGUUGGCGCCAUCCUCUCCUUCUCGGAGGGGGCAAAUAGGUUUUUCGAACUUCAAAGUAGCGGCCGCAAGGACGAGAUCCGGCUGCACUACAGCCACGCGAACGGCGAGCUGGUGGAGACGUUCCCCUACCGGUUGGCGGACAACACGUGGCACAGGCUGGCGGUGGCACUCAGCGGUGACAGUGUCGAGGUGUUCGUGGACUGCAACCGCAUCUAUUCUCGGGUGAUAAAGAAGCUAGACCUGAACACUGCAAACAGGAACCUGUCCCUCUGGUUGGGACAGAGGAACCUGAAGCACUACUAUUUUAACGGUGUAUUACAAGAUGUCAAAGUUGUGUUCCGACCUCACGGGUUUCUUCUCCAGUGUCCUCAAUUAGAUACAGAGUGCCCGACCUGUGGCCAGUUUCAGGAGCUCCAGCAGUCUGUGAAUCAACUAAAGACAUACAUUAUAAAUUUGACGCAGAGGUUAAUUGAGGCUGAAGAGAGGAUAGCUUCGGUUGAACAAUGCGAAUGCCAAAAGAGCUGCCGAGUCAACGGUACGGUCCGGCCCGAUGGCUCUAUUUGGAAGCAGGACUGUGAUAUUUGCACCUGUGCUCAAGGAAAAGUGGAGUGCCGGCCAAUCAGCUGCCCCACGCCACCCUGCAAGCACCCCGUUCUCCAGCCAGGAGAAUGCUGCCCCAGCUGCCUCAAGCGCUGUUUUCUGAAACAGGUUCUCUAUGACCACGGAGAGCAAGUUACACAAAAGUGUGUGCAGUGCAACUGCAGCGACGGACAAAUGACAUGCCGUAGGAUUGACCAGAAGACAUGCCCAGCUUUGACAUGCCCCGAAUCUCAAAGGUUCAGCGUGCCAGGGGAAUGCUGCAUGUUUUGUCCAGGCGUUGACUACUGUGGUCGGGGCCACGAUUGUGACGUGAAUGCAACCUGCAUCAACCUCCAGACCAAGUAUGCCUGCCAGUGCAACACUGGCUACAAGGGGAAUGGCAGGUCCUGUGAGGACGUGGACGAAUGCCUGAAAGAGGGAGGAUUUGACGGCCACCACUGCCAAGAGAGUACUCGCUGCGUGAAUACGCCUGGUGCCUACACCUGCGAAUGCCUGCCAGGAUUUCGCAGGGUCGAUGCCUACAACUGCGAAGAACAUGACGAGUGCGCUAGCAAUGAACACAACUGCCAUAAGGAUGCAAGGUGCAUCAACACAAUGGGAAGCUACAAGUGUGAAUGUCUCCCAGGCUACCGUGGCGACGGUAUUACCUGUGAACCCAUAUGCAAUCAGACCUGCCUAAAUGGUGGAAAAUGCGCUGCCCCCAACGUUUGCAAUUGCCGUCGCGGUUACAAGGGAAGCAGCUGUGAAAUUGACGUAAAUGAAUGCUCGGAGAACGUUCACCAGUGUCACAAAAACUCCAACUGCAUCAACAUGCCCGGCUGGUAUUACUGCGAGUGCCACAGGGGCUUCCAGAGCAAUAAAGACGACGACUUUGGUGCUUCGUGCGAAGACAUUGACGAAUGCAGUCUGGGAACUCAUACCUGCCACAGCACUGCGACCUGCAUCAACCUGGAAGGCAGCUUUCAGUGCAUCUGUGCAGACAACGCUACCUGUUCAUUCAACUGUGAUCACCUGGGGAUGGAGCGAAUCAACGGCGAGGUCUGGCCCAUCGGACCGGGGUCUUGCACGACGUGCGCCUGUCGAAACGGCGUCGUGGACUGCCGCAAGGCGCGCUGCGACUGCUCCGACCCACGGACGGACCUGGAGUGCUGUCCGCAGUGCGACCGGUCCAGCUUCUGCGAGCAUCAGGAGGCGCCCAUCAAGUUCGCCAAUGGAGAGCGCUGGAUCUACCAGUGCCAGAUUUGCGAGUGUCUGUUUGGCGAGGUGGACUGCUGGAGCAUGGAGUGCCCCCACGUGGCGUGCAGCAACCCUGUGCAGCGAGCCGGCGACUGCUGCCCGUACUGCGAGGACGACCCCUGCGACACUGGGGCCAACGGGACGAGGUCGCCCCGGGGCUGCACCUACAUGGGGCGGCUGUACCAGACCGGGGAGAGGGUCCCCCUCGCGCAGGACCCUUGCACCAGCUGCAAGUGCUCGGACGGGCAGCUCUGCUGCAUGUACUCUACAAAUUGCCUUGGCAAUGCUAGCCUUGUGGCAGCACAAGGCACUCUUCACAACCGGGAGUCCAUCUCCGAACAGGGCACGCGAAAACGUGCCGCAGGGGAUGCAUCCUGGAAGUCGCUCGGACACAUCUCCGAAUCGGAGAUCGCUCGAAGAACGACAGCAACCACAGCAGCGGCGACAACGACGACGGCAUCCCGCAUAGCGCGACGCCAUCGCCUUCUUUAUGGACACAAGGCUCCAUCUACAACUGCAAGGGUCUACAGGAGGACGCGUGUCUUGCAGAGGAUGUCCAGGACUGGUCCUGGUGGACACUGAGGUUUAGGUCACUGGGGGACAUGGGGGAAUUAGGGACUUUGAUUGUCCUCCUUCUGCACUGCCCUACAGCUUCUUUCCUGUGCAUGACAGCUUCGGCCUGGCUGAGUUAUCCUUAGCUCCAAAUGCCAUCUCCUGCCUUCUGUGUGAGUGAACAGUUCUCGAGCCCGGUCGUCGUCGCUUGUGUGCACCGAAGAUACGCUCAAGAGAUGAAGCCAGGAUGAUGAUGACAGCGGCAACGACGGGCGACGUCUGCAGCCCGGUUAUCCCCACCAAGAGGAAGCUUAGUGACGUGACAGUGCACCGCACAUGGGUCGACUCACUUUAAGGAUGUACAUAGUCUCGUUUGUUGUUUUUCUGCGAACUGUGUGGGCGGAGUGUCUCUGAAAAGGUGUGCAGACAUGUUACAUGCGUGACCUGCGGUUGCCGAGGCGGCCUUCAGCCAGUCUCGAUGCCCGUUCUGUAGAUCCACCUUCUUUCCUUACUGACAGCCACUGCCAUGUGCUUCUUACUACCUUGGCAAGAUGUGGAGACGACUAUCGGUUUGCGAGCGCAUCUGCGUGCGUAUUGGACGUCGCAGUUCAUCUCCCUUUGCCUGCGAUGACAGCGACAGUGCACGGUCCCGCUUGUUUUUACGCCAGGAGUUUUUUUUUUGUAAAUAGUAUGCGAGGCCCCCUGUCCCCUUGUUCCUCCUCAGUUUGCCACCAGCCCAACUUGUACUUAACUUAUUUAACUUAGUAACUUAUGAAAGUUGUUGCUUGUUCCCGUGUUGUUUUUUUCUUUUAAGUGUUUUGUGUGUUGCGAGUUUUUCUAUCACACUUUAUCCCAUGCUCUCCUUGCCCUUUGGCCUCCCCUUUCGUAAGUUUUUUUGUUUUUUUCCCCCUAGAUUCUCGUAGAACACGCCCAAAAUCAAAAGUGAAGUAAGCGCAUGCUGCAAGGUGCGGCCUCACAGCCUGUUCUUGUCGUUGCAUAGUUUUCCCCAGAUACCCGUGCAAAAGGCAUUUUGAAGACGGUUGUUCCUAUAGGCCCACAACAAAGAAAAAUACAAUAUAGGUUCCCUAAUACUCGCAGUUUGGAAAGAGAGAGAGAGGACGGUUUUCCUUAGUCACUUUUAGCGUGAAGUGUACAUACUUGUGCGUGUUAGACAUACUCCUAGGUAUAACAGGCAUGCAAAGGUCCAGUCUCACUGCCUUUUGGAAACAUAGUAGCCGCGACGACUCAUUGUGGCAGUCAUGCUUGUCAACAGCUUUAUGCAGAACCCAAACAGGCUUUCCGGAGUCGGCACAUCCUUCUACUGCUGUCCUCCUUUUUGAAUGUUAUACAGCACGUUUUCUUCUGGCAGGCCGCUAGUCAAGUCAAUUAGUCACACGAACGAAAAAAAAUGAAUCGGUCACGACAACUUCUACUAACGGGACGUGGAAGUGUAUAAAAACCCGGUUAGUUUGUUGGGGAGCGGGAGUCUUGGCGUAGACAUUCCAAUGCCGAUCCAAAUGCAAGUGAACUCAGCGUUUUUUGGUGGCACAAAAGCUUUCGUCGUUCUGUAUGUUCUCGGUGCGUGUGUGUGUGUCGUCGGGUGGUGCGUGCUACCACCUGCGGCGAGGCAACUGCAAAUUUUCUCUCUGCGAGCUUGAUCUCAAGUUGUGUGGUCGUGCGAAUUUUGCUGACAUUCCAUGCUUGCUGGAAAAGAAAUGUUCAAAACAAAAGCCUGUAAAGAGUAAAACAAACAAGAGUUUAGGGUAAUUGUCACGCUUUGAACCUGAAAACACUUCUACCUGUAUGCAUGAGCAUGUGCGAUCUGCCGCAAAGCAAAAGUGGACCGCACCAUGCGUGGAAGCCAAAGAAUUGUUAGGGGUAAUUUAAGAAAAAAAAAACAUGCAAGAUUACAAUUAUGAAUAUAUAUAUAAUGUAUAUUUACUUGUCUAGAUGUAUCUAUAAACAAAGCGAAUUCUUUAUAGAAAAGAGGCCUUAGGAUUCUGCUAAUCACUGUUCUUUUCGAGGACUGGAAGGUAAAAAAAGUGUUGGAAAAAAAAAAAAAAACUUGUAAAUAGAUGUUUUCUAGUCUAAUAUCAACAGCGUUUCUGUGGAUUUAGUGUUGCGGUAAUUGAUGCUUCGGUGAUGAUUCGCAGCGAUACCUCAUGUAACAUCACUAGUAUUGGGAGUAAAAUUUUAGGCAGUUUUCUACUUGCCUUGUUUUUAUA